AAAACCCCAACUAACACAUUCUUUAAUUUCGAUUGCAUUUUCUCCGAUUAAUUUCUGUCUCCCGAUACUCCGACCAUGACCGGAGCUAGCCGCCGGAGCGCGCGUGGUCGAAUCAAAUCAACAUCAUUUCCCGGCUCCGAUGAAGGAAGCGAUUCGCUUCGUUAUCCUCCGAGUAUCCGCCGCGGCAAAGGCAAGGAACUUGUGUCGAUCGGUGCUUUUAAGACGAAUCUCAAGAUAUUGAUUGGGUUAAUCAUAUUAGGGAUUAUAGUCAUCUACUUCGUAAUCAAUCGGCUUGUUCGUCACGGAUUGUUGUAUGAUGAAUCUCAGAAGCCUAGGGUUAUCACUCCUUUUCCUGCUCCCAAACUCAUGGAUUUGUCUAUGUUUCAGGGCGAGCACAAAGAGAGCUUGUACUGGGGAACUUAUCGUCCUCAUGUUUAUUUUGGUGUUCGAGCGAGAACUCCAUUGUCCUUGGUAGCUGGCUUGAUGUGGCUUGGUGUCAAAGACGAGAUGUAUGUUAUGCGGCAUUUCUGUGAAAACUCUGAUGAUUUAAGUACAUUUGGCUGGAGAGAACAUAAUGGACGGGAUUUUGGGCGGCAAGAGCUGGUUGAGAACGAUAUGAUAUUAGAGACGAGUUUUGUGAAGUUGAAGGGGGAAAGCUUUGGUUAUGGUGGGGAUUGGGCAGUUCGGAUUGAUGUAAAAAAUAAAGGGUUGAAUGAUGAUGUGAAGAGAAGUGCCCAUCUCUUCUUUUAUUUAGCUGAUGAAGGUGGCAAUGUUUUAAAUUUAGGCCACGAUAAUUUGGAUUUUCAAGGGAGCUCACUCCUGGUUUCGGGUUCACGUGAAGAUGUAGGAGACUGGCAGAUACACUUAAAAUCACAGAAUCAGCUCGAGACACAUUAUUCCGGUUUCAAGACGCCUCACAUAUAUAAUCUGUCUGAUCUAGUUCAGCAAAAUCUCGCUCUGCAGGCAAGGAAGUUUGGACGACUUCAGCUCUCUGACACAUCAGAGGAUUCUUCUAACAUUUACAUCUUUCAGAUUUCUGGGAGGCUACCAUUUACAAUUGAUAUACCCUUCGUUUCCGGGAUCAAAGGAGAAAGUUCAAACGUGGAAAAGCGGUUAACAAGUCUCACAGGUUUGCCACUCUCUGAUCUACUUAAAAAGAAGCGUAAAGAGUUUGAUACAAAGUUUGAGGAAUGCUUCAACCUUUCUGAAAAGCAUGAUUCAGAAACAUUGGGGGUUGGCAAGACUGCAAUUGCAAACAUGCUUGGUGGCAUUGGUUACUUCUAUGGCCAAUCAAAAAUUCAUGUUCCUAAAACCGAGCUGUACACAGCUGUUCCAAGCCGGCCCUUUUUUCCUAGGGGUUUUUUGUGGGACGAAGGUUUCCAUCAAUUGUUAAUCUGGCGCUGGGAUUUUCGUAUAACCUUGGAUAUCGUUGGACACUGGUUAGACCUAUUAAACAUAGAUGGAUGGAUUCCACGUGAGCAAAUUUUGGGUGCUGAAGCUCUGAGUAAGGUUCCAGAGGAAUUCGUUGUUCAAUACCCGAGUAAUGCCAAUCCACCAACACUUUUUUUGGUGAUACGCGAUCUGAUAGAUGCUAUAAGGAUGGAAAAGUUUAUUGCAUCAGAAAAGGAUGAAGUAUUGUCAUUCCUUGAGCGGGCUUCUGUUCGCUUAGAUGCUUGGUUUCAGUGGUUUAAUACUUCCCAGAAAGGCAAGGAGAUCGGAAGCUACUUUUGGCAUGGCAGAGACAACACAACAACUCGAGAACUUAACCCUAAGACGCUUUCGUCGGGGCUGGAUGAUUAUCCCCGGGCUUCACACCCAAGUGAAGAUGAGAGACAUGUUGAUCUAAGAUGCUGGAUGUACCUUGCUGCAGAUUGCAUGCAUUCCAUCACGGAGCUUUUAGGAAAAAAUGAUAAAUUUUCAAAGGAGGAUUACAAUUCAACUGCCAAGCUGCUUUCAAAUUUCAAUCUUCUGAAUCAGAUGCACUAUGAUAGUGACCAUGGGGCUUACUUUGACUUUGGUAAUCAUACAGAAAAAGUUAAGUUGAUAUGGAAAGAGGUAAUUCAAGAAAAUGGUCAAUUAUCUCGACAGCUGUUAAGAAAGACUUUUGGGAAGCCAAAGCUUCAAUUGGUUCCUCACGUGGGUUAUGUCAGCUUCUUUCCCUUCAUGUCUAGAAUCAUCCCACAUGAUUCUCCAAUCCUCGAGAAACAGCUCGAUCUCCUUUCAAAUAGGAGCAUCUUAUGGAGUGACUACGGAAUAGUUUCGCUUGCCAAAACCAGUUCUAUGUAUAUGAAACGUAACACUGAGCAUGAUGCACCAUACUGGAGAGGUCCUAUCUGGAUGAACAUGAACUACAUGAUUCUUUCUUCUCUUCACCAUUACUCUAUAGUGGAUGGGCCAUAUAGAGAAAAGUCAAGAGCAAUUUACACGGAGCUAAGGAGCAACUUGAUAAGGAACGUGGUUAGAAACUAUUACGAGACGGGGUACAUCUGGGAACAAUAUGAUCAAGUUAAAGGAACAGGCAAAGGCACACGACUCUUCACCGGCUGGUCUGCGCUUACCUUGUUAAUUAUGUCCGAAGAUUAUCCCAUCUUUUAGAACCUCUUCGGAAACGGAACUUAAAAUUAUAUGAGUUAGAACUUAGUAGAUCAGUUUUGACGUAGGGCUUUUUGUAUUUUGCUCAUGUGGUUAUAUGUCCCAGAUUUUUGUGGUUAUAUUCCCAGACCAAACCAACCACUUCAGCAGGAGCGAGAUCCAUGACUAGUCUCGUUGCACUACUAUAGUUAUUUAAACUAAAAAUUACAUUAUUUU